GCUAGCAUUACUGCUUGCUAACUUUCUGCUGCUGGUGUCGAGGCUAGGGAGAGAAACCGUGGGAGAAGGGCAGAAAGCGUGGGGUAAAAACAGAGAUUAAACUCGGUUAACACCUGGCAGCGGUGAAGAAAGAGACCGAACAGGCAUCACCAGCAACUUGGUGACAUCUCUCCCUUGGCUCUCACCACCACCCACCCAUCAUUAAAGUCACCUCGUGCCUCUUUACCUGAUUAGUUCAAAUUUUCAUCUUCACCAAAGCAGAAACUGUCUCUGAACGACAUCAACAAAGUAAAAUUGGACUCGUUCCAGCUACCAAAAUCAGUAUUUCAUUUUGUUUGGCCCCCUUAGAUCAUUUUUUGAUUCGUCUAAUCCCCGAAGCCGUGUUAGUUCAGUGAUCUCAUCAAGCCAGUCUCAUAAACACUAAAAGAAGCACCAUUAUGGCCUCUCUAACCCACUCAUCUGAGCCAGAGAUCCCAGACAACCACAAAGAGAGCUGGCUGGCUCUACUUUCCGCUGCAGAAACCUAUUGCCAAAAGUCUGGCUGUGACCUGGCCAUUCUCACGGCCUGCAAGAAGUUCCGGUCGACAGCCGGGGAAGGUGAAGGAGGGAAGAAGCGGGAGCGUGGGACUGGCUUUCCUAAGGAGUGUGAAUUCUCCUACAGCGUGUGGGGUCAGGGUUUUCUGGCCGAGUCGGCGCGCCGCUACAUGGAUGACAUCGGCGUGCUGCACGCCACGUCCAUGCUGACGGCUCAGAAGCACACGAGGCAAACUGGCAGAGACCAAGUGGGCAAGCUAUUGGGUGAUUUGACCUCAGACAUUGGAAACAGAGGGAGCUUCACAGGCGAUGGCGUGAUAGGCGGUGUCAGUCCCAACAGCAGACAGUACUCCCAGAACUACCCGUCCAUAUACAGCCCGGACGGCACGACCCAGCAGGGCGUGGGGCUGAACGGCAACAGGGAAAGGGACCAGGAGAGGAGCGCUCUGGAGGUGGAGCAUGGGAGACAGAGGGCUGGGAUUGUGGAAGAGGAGGGAGAGGAGGUGGAAGAGGAGGAGGACAUGGACGAGAGACGACCCUACGGAAACGAAAGUGCAGGUGUUUUCUCCAUGGACGAGGACUCUCUUUCUCGGGACUGUGAGCCGUUCUUCGAGUCCGACGGAGAGGAGGAGAGCACUGAUGGCUCAUUGAGCGAGGACGCCCCCCCACCGUCGCGCGGCCUGGCCAUGGGGCAACAUGCGUUCUCGUCCCGCCACGCCCACCCCACGGCUCUGGCCCGCUCGCUGCCCGUGUCCGUGCCGGUGUGGGGCUGCAAAAGCAGCAGAGCCGCUCUGGGAGACAACAACAGCGGAGAACGGCCGGGCUGCGCCGACCUGGAGCACAUCGCUGCCAGCAUGAAGGCCCUGCUGGUCCCUGGAGCCACCGACGGGACGGAGAUGUUCGGGGCCCUGCCACGGCCCCGCCUCAACACGGGGGACUUCUCGCUCAAGCCCUGAGAGGGUGGGAGAGCGGGACGGAAACGGGGAGGAAGGGGAAACCCUGGAAUGUGUGAAUCGGUGUAAAAGCUCGAAUCUCUCUUUAUUGUUUCACUCACCAAAAUUAACUGCAAACCCUUUACAGGGUUAAAACGGCCGUGAGGAAAUGUUACGAACACUAAUAACAUCUUCAACACUACCACUACUAUUGCUACCCCCUCAAUAACAUCUCACAGUACUACACAUACGACACUAUGGUUGGGAGCUUACUGACCCACAGCACUGCACAGAGGAGAUAGCAGGGUGUCACUAUGGAAAGCUGUUUGGUCCAAUUACCUGUGUAGUGAUAAGAUUGUUGAUAUAAACCCAUCAGCAGACACAUAUUGGUUUAAAUAGCAUCUAUGAAGCAAAAUCCUGUUUUAUGUCUGAGAAACAUGGUGAAUCUGGAUAGAAAUACUGAUGAAAAAACUCCGUUUAAUCUGCUUUACAGAACAAGGUCCUGCUUAUGUGCGACUUUUUACAGCAUUAUCACUUCAGGAUUAGUUGCAGCAGUGAUUUUUGACUGCCUGACACACUCCCACAGAGAUGUUUCAGACAGUUAUAGUCCACAAGGAGCAUAAUAGGUCUCUCUCUUUUCCUAGAUUUAUCUCAGAUCUUCUCAGAUGAUCACCUCGGCUCAUUUUGGGGUUAACUGAUGCCUCCAGCGCUAGGAUUUCACUCAGAAAAUACCGUAGGCUGACAUUGGAAAUUAGUGCUUCAUGAAACUCCUGAAAUUGCUGCAUUAAUAUCUGUGAUAACUUUAACACAUUAAAUGUGUAUUUGCUAAGCUUUAGGCACGUGUUAUGAUGGGGAUAUAAGGGGUUUUUGAACACUAAAGAGGGGCAUAAUCAUGGCUUUGUCAGUAUUUUUUACCCUGGUCCUGCUGCUUGAUUCAAACGAAUGGAUCUGCUGAUUGUUCUGCAGAACCAUGAUGAUGAACCAUGCAAGUGAAAUGGGUGGAAGUGCUGCAUCUGGUGCUCCAGAAACUCAGAUCAGCUUACUAAUGUUGGGACAAUCAGGGUGCAAUCUGGAAAGUUCCUGCAAGAUCUCAAACGAAGUUUCAAAACUGUUUCUAUGAAACGUCUUUCACUGUGGUCUAAACAGGAGAGCAAAUGCAGCCAAGUGUGUAGUUUUUAGGUUUGCUGCCUAAUAAACCUAAAAAUGUCACCUCUGUUCUAACAUUUCUUACAAUGAUCUUAAAGUCCAGGCUUGGUUCUUGACCUUUAUGGAAAAUCUGAUCAAUUUCACAACAAACUAAAGCUUUAUUUCUAAUUUCAACAUGACCGCUUUGAAGAAUGAGAACCUUCCUUUUUAAUAAAUUAUUUUGCUCAUUAGCUCUUAUCAUUUACCAAGUGAAAUGACCAACAGCCUCAUUACGAUCCCUCCUGUUUAUGUAAAAGAGCAAAAACCAGAUUUUAACACAAAGCUUGUAGCGUUUUUGUAAAUGUGAGCAGAGGACACCAGCACCUUCUCAUUACAUGCAUAUUUUUUUAUUUCACCAAUGAAUGGAUGAUCGAUGGGAUGAUUGUAAAUCUACUUUAUGUUCCAGGGGGAAUGGUAUUGAUUGUUUUUCCCCCGUUUGCUCUGGAUAUGUUAAAACGCCUGAAUGAAAGAGAAAGUGACUUUGUUUGCGAGCGAGAAGAGAUGUUAACACGUUACAUCUCGGAUAUUUCAAAAAAUAAAUGUUCCAUUAAAUCCUUUUAUGUUUCAAAUAAAGGAGCAACACCAAGA